AUGAAGGCGGGACGGAGGCAAUUGGUUCGUGCGAUAUUGCGAGCUUAUGCUCGUUCUCACGCACAGGCUCGGACGUUGAUAGUCCGAUGGGAGUCAUACGGAGAGGGUUCGGAAUUCCAUUGCGACGUGGACGAUGCUAUGAUUCUUCUCGAUCCCGACAUUUGUCCAAUUAUAGUAAAAACCACGAAGCUAGUUAUUAGAACCCCAGCAUUUUUUGGUAAAUUCCAUGAAAAAUUGCCAGGGACUUUUAAAGAGUUGAAAAUACUAGAACUAAAAUUUACUGCAUGGAUGAAAGACAGAGGAAGUGAUGAUGAACAUCGUCCGUUUGCCGCAAUGCUUGAGCAGAAUGAACUAGAUGAGUUGAUUGUGCAACCACCGCCUGGACUUAAUAGAUUUUUUGUAGUGAUGAAUGUUGGCAUAGUGACGCUAUCAAAAACAUUAAGAUUUAUGGAAUUUCGUAGUAUUAAUUUUGCAACAUACGAAAAGCCAUUUGCGGCUCUACAAAUAUGUACACAAAUUGAGGUGAUAGUAUUUGAUUGGUGUUAUAAUGUAAAUAGCGAUAUGGCUAAGGAGUUGAUAUCGGCUUCGUUUCCAGCGUUAAGAUCGGUGGAGUUGAAGGAUUGCUUCAACAUGUCAGAUUUGAAACAAUGGGCAGACGAGAUCGAUGAAAGAUGUAGAGGCAAAUCUGAUAGUAUUAAAAAGCCACAUACAAAAUCAAAGACCGAAGAGCACGAACCAGUCAUUCACCGCCGCGAACACCGUCGCGAACACUUACAUAGAUAA